UAUUCAUUAUUUUAUCGAAGGUCCUUUAUUUACCAUUGGCUACCAUGUUGCUGGCGCAAAUCACCGAACACAUUUUCAUACGGAGCAACUACCACGUGUUCCGCAAAGUGAAAUUAGAACUAAAAGAACUAAAAUUCUACACAUUUGGAAACAGCACCCGUUUCACAAACUUAUCUCUGUUAAGCAUCCUCAUCAUCAUAUCCUACAUUGUUUUCUACUGCAUUUUCCUCACACUGUACUUCUACGUCAGUUAUUCGGACGGAGUACCGGAAACGUACGUGUUCGGGAACAAUUUCGCAGUCAAAGUGUUCCACCUAGCGUUCAGAUUCUUUUCCGGUUACCUCCUAACGCCGUCCAGCUUCGGUCUGAUGUGCAACAACUUGAUUUUGAUCAGGCACCUGACUUCGAUACAAUACAAUUUGAAGUUGCUGCAUGUGACCGGCACGAACCAACACCACGUCUUGAACGACGUCCGUUAUCAACGUAAAGUCGCCCACGUUUUACGUCUCUGUGUUAUUGAAUUCAUCAAAAAUAAGGCGUAAGUUUGCUUAUUCUUUGCGAAAUGGAUGUUGCCAGUGCAGUUUUAGGAUUUUACAACAUGUCAGUGACAUUGCACCGCAGAUUCUGCUCCUGAA